AUGGGCUCUCCAGAGGUCAUUGAGAUCGCCAGAACACCCGAUGGCACGCCCUUCGAGAAGGCCGUUAAGGCCGUCAAGACUGGCCACGCAGACGAGGUCGACUUUGCCGCCCAGAUUAUCGCAGACUACGCCGACCAGAUCGGCGACAGCAGUUGGACGUCUGAGGAGGAGAAGGCGCUGAUGCGCAAGGUCGAUCUUCGCAUCAUCCCCAUUCUCUUCGCCUGUGCCACGCUCUCUGGUCUCGACAAAACGGCCAUCUCGGCUGCCGCCAUCUACAACAUUAAGCGCGACCUCCAUCUCGCCGGCGACCAGUACGCCUGGAUUGGCUCGGCCCCCUUCUUCGGUGGCCUCCUCUUCAUGGGCCCAUCGGCCUACUGCCUGCAGCGGAUGCCGGCCGUGAUGUUUUUCUCGUUCAACGUCUUCUUCUGGGGCGUCACCGAGAUGUGCAUGGCUGCUUGCACCAGUUUCAGUAGCCCCUUUGUCUGCCGCUUCCUCCUCGGCGGCUUCGAGGCCCUCCUCAUCCCAGCCGUCACCCUGAUUGUCGGCAUGUGGUACAAUACCACCGAGGCUCCUCGCCGCAACAGCACCAUACUCAACGUCAUCGCCCCCAUCAUCAACGGUUUUCUCGACUGGGUGGUGGGCUAUCAUCAUGGCUCCUUUCCUACCUGGAAGAUCAUCUUCUUGCUGGUCAGUGCCUUUACGGCCAUUUGGGCUGCCGUCGUCUUCUUCCUGCUGCCGAACAAUCCGCUCGACGCCUGCGGCUUCACUCUCCGCGAGAAGUACAUCGUCAUCAGGCGCAAGGCUGCCGAUAACACCGGCAUCGAGACCAAGAAGAUCAAGAAGGAGCAGAUCUGGGAGGCCAUCAUGGACCCCAAGACCUGGCUGAUAUGGAUUGCCGUCGUCGCUCUGCAAGUCCCAAACGGCGGCCUGACCACCUUCAACACUCUCAUCAUAGAAGGACUUGGCUUCGAUUCUCUGCAGACCUCGCUGCUGGCCAUGCCACCCGGUGCCAUGAGCACCCUGUCUGGCCUCGCCCUGUCCUUCAUGGCCGCCUCCACCCGCCGGCGCAGUGCCGAGGUGCAGGACAACACGGCCGCCGACCAAGACUGGCUGGAUCUGACGGAUCUGCAGAACAAGUCGUUCAAGUAUACCACGUAG